AUUGACAAGGUAGAGUCUGGAGGAAAGAGAGGAGGGAAGGAGGUGACGGACCUGCUCCUGUGGGACUCGGCUACAGCCUACCGCUAGGUGCCAUCAACAGUUUCCGGGCUCACAAAACGCUCCUUUAGCUGUAAAAUCCACGAUAAAGCACCGAGGAGCGCGCUGUGACUCACCAAGAAUCGCGAGGAAGUCCACGGUCUGUAGGAGCCUGGACUUUAAGUGAAGGUUGUGAAGGUCCUAAAAGGAAAAAAGCAAGGAUUCGAGGAGAUACUGGGUACCUUCCUCACGCAGACGCCUGGAUUAUCUGAUUUGGGACGGGGAUUUGGACAUUUUACGGCAUUUUACGCACUAUAGCCGACACCAACUGCAACGUGACUAGGUUUAUUCUCUAGCUGGGGGAGAAUUUUCGGAUCUCCGGUCAUGGCGGACCAAGAGGAGACCUUUAGCCUCCAAAACUCUCCCGGUGGUAAUGGUGGUGGCUCGGAGUCAAGAGAUUUGCAGAACGAUAAUAAAUCAGAGAAACCGACUGGGACAUCGAGUAAAUCCCCGUCAUCACAGACAACUUAUAUUCAGCAGGGAAUGGAAGGAAUAAAAGUCUACCUGCACGAGAGGGAACUGUGGAUGAAGUUUCACGAGGUGGGAACAGAGAUGAUCAUAACUAAAGCCGGGAGGCGAAUGUUCCCCAGCUUUAAAGUUAAGGUCACGGGACUAAACCCCAAAACUAAAUAUAUCCUCCUCAUGGAUGUCGUGCCUGCAGACGAUCAUCGAUACAAAUUCGCCGACAAUAAAUGGUCUGUAACCGGGAAGGCAGAGCCCGCCAUGCCCGGGAGGCUGUACGUGCACCCGGACUCCCCCGCCACUGGCGCGCAUUGGAUGAGGCAGCUCGUCUCCUUCCAGAAGUUGAAGCUGACCAACAACCACCUGGAUCCGUUCGGACACAUCAUCUUAAAUUCGAUGCAUAAGUAUCAGCCGAGGAUCCACAUUGUGAAAGCCGAUGAAAACAACGGCUUCGGGUCUAAAAACACAGCCUUCUGCACCCACGUCUUCCCUGAGACUGCUUUCAUUGCGGUUACGUCCUACCAGAACCAUAAGAUCACUCAGCUUAAGAUUGAGAACAAUCCAUUUGCAAAAGGUUUCCGUGGAAGUGAUGACAUGGAGCUGCAUCGAAUGUCCAGAAUGCAAAGUACCAAGGAGUACCCAGUGGUCCCUCGCAGUACAGUGCGUCAGAGGGUGGGCUCUAGUCAGAGCCCAUUCAGCGGGGAAAUUCAGGGCAUGGCCACCUCAAACACCCUGAGCACCCAGUACUCCCAAUGUGACAAUGGGGUUACGAGCACCUCACAGGACAUGUUGCCUCAGUCGGGCUCCUACCCCCUACCCCACGAGCAUGGACAGGACUACCACUGCAUUAAGAGGAAAGUGGAGGAAGACUGUCAUUCAGGUGAACACAGCUAUAAGAAGGCCUAUGUGGAGAGCUCAUCCGGCGAGGAGGACCAUUACUACCGACCCGUUGGCUAUGCCCAGACCCUGGGCCUGACCAGCGGACCCUACCGCAGUGAAUCCAGCCAGCGACAGGCUUGUAUGUAUGCCACUGCGUCACAGGGAGCUGAGCCUGUUCCCAGUUUGGAGGACAUCAGCUGUAACACAUGGGCCAGCGUUUCACCUUAUGGGAGUUGCUCAGUCACCACCAUGCAGCCAAUGGAGCGGCUGCCCUACCAGCACUUCUCUGCUCACUUCACCUCAGGGUCUCUGGUGUCCAGACUUGGAGGCGUGGGAGGUCAUGCCUCUCCACAGCUCGGUGACGGCCACCAUACGGCCAUGUACCAAGGCCCCAUGACCCACCAGACUCUGGGCCGACAGUGCAGUCCUGGGGCAGGGAUCCAGUCACCAACAGCUGGCCUACAGGGAAACGAGUACAUCUAUACCCAUGGGAUACCGCGUACACUAUCACCACAUCAGUAUCACACUGUACAUAGUGUCAGCAUCAUGCCAGAGUGGAAUGAGAACAGCUAAGUAUUUUUUUUACUGUCAGAAUAUAAGGAAUGAAAAACAAAAACACAACAAUCUAAAUGAGUCAGGGUUUAGAUGAACUUUUUUUCAAAUUUACAACAGAUGUGUUGCUGUUCACCUUAAUGACCCUUGGUUCACUGAGAAUGACGGACAUUCAUACAGUGGGCUGAGUAGGAAAGCAUCUUAUCACUUAGCUUGCAGCUGCACUUGCAGGCAGCUUCCAUUAACUGGAACAAAAGAGAGACUGGACUAAAGCAUAUCAAACUAUGACUGCUGAAGUGCAGAAAAAGUAAAAGCAAACUCAGUGGGCACUGUGUUGCUUCAGAUGCAUUAUGGACAGACUCAUGGACAGACUCAGUUCAAAGGAAAAAUUGUGUUGUGGUGUUUCUUAGAUCUCAGUAUUUCAGUGAUAAAUGAAGAUGUUUUUAACGUAAGAAACCUUUAUGCUCAAGUCCCAAAUAAGUCUAAAAAUGAUAGUGUAUUUGUUUUCUGUCACAUUAGCCUGACUUGUCAUUUUCAUUUUUGUAGGUUUCUUACUUAAAUAGUAAAAUUGCUAUGAGUUAACAAAAAAACCCCAAAAAAAAAACAAAAAACAAAAAAAAACAUAAAGGGAGCUUUCGUUGCAGCUCCUGAGUGAAUUUUCUUGCUCUUGAAUUUGUCAGGAUGGUCACAGUCAUUACAUUUGCUGUGUAGUAUAAAAAGGCUUUUAUGCUAUAAUCGGUAACAUGACAUGAGAAAAUGCGAGAAUAACUGUCCACCUUGAUAAACUGUCACUACUUACUUUACAUGUGUAAACAAGUGGUAUGCAAGAGACCCUACCAUUCUGUUGACCUUAACUGGGUGACAAAAAAUAACAAAUACUAAAACUAUCAAAACUUAAAGCACCAAUCCAUUGUAUUAUAAAUAAAGUUAUAUACAAUGACCAGUUCAUGUUUGACUGUGGAUAGUGGAUGUAUAUUUGUCAGAUGGCCAGAGACCACUUCAAAUGAAUGCAAAUGUUCCACUGUGUCUGCUAAGGUGUAAAUGAGCAACUGUUUGCUAACACAUUAGCUAUAACAGAUUUAUAAGGUGAUAAUAUGUUGGGUCUGGGGACUCGAGAUAUUCUGCCCCCGAGUGGCCGAAAAAAUUAUAAACACAGCUUUUAAAUAUGAUAAUUAUUUGAUCUCAGUUAUAUAUAACAGCUACUAUAAUGUCACAUCAUUAAGUCAGAAAAUGAUGUCGUUUCAGUCUGACUUUGGUUUUAGUGGACAGCACUGGGGACAUGGCUAAGUGCUGACUAAGGUAGUUUUACGUCUGCAUUUGGAAACUAGCU